CGGUUGGUGCUGAUGCGGGAUGGCUGAGGUGGCGGCCGCACACCGGCUCGGGCUCUGAUCACACACGGCGGAUCCUGGGGCGGCGGCUGAGCUGGGGGCGAUAGCGGGACAGACGCUGCGGUGUGUACAGGGACAUAUUGAUGCGGUAACUGACUCUCCGGGAAGAUGGCAGAUCCCGCGGAGUGCAGCAUCAAGGUGAUGUGCCGCUUCCGGCCUCUGAACAGCGCGGAGACCCAUCGGGGAGACAAGUUCAUCCCGGUCUUCAAGGGGGACGACACCAUCGUGGUCGGGCAAGGGAAGCCUUAUGUCUUCGAUAAAGUGUUGAGUCCCAACACAAGCCAGGAGCAAGUGUAUAACGCCUGCGCCAAACAGAUUGUCAAAGAUGUUUUGGAUGGUUAUAAUGGAACCAUUUUUGCCUAUGGUCAGACAUCAUCUGGAAAAACACACACAAUGGAGGGGAAGCUACAUGACCAUCAGCUCAUGGGAAUCAUCCCAAGGAUCGCACGGGACAUAUUUGAUCACAUCUAUUCAAUGGACGAAAACCUAGAAUUUCAUAUAAAGGUCUCUUACUUUGAAAUCUAUUUAGACAAAAUCCGGGACUUGCUGGACGUGUCUAAAACAAACUUGGCUGUGCACGAAGAUAAAAAUCGCGUCCCCUAUGUGAAGGGCUGUACAGAGAGGUUUGUGUCCAGUCCAGAGGAAGUAAUGGAUGUCAUAGAUGAAGGGAAGGCAAACAGACAUGUUGCGGUCACAAAUAUGAAUGAGCACAGUUCCAGAAGUCACAGUAUUUUCCUGAUUAAUAUAAAGCAAGAAAACAUUGAGACCGAGAAGAAGCUUUGCGGGAAACUCUACCUGGUUGAUCUAGCGGGAAGUGAAAAGGUCAGCAAAACCGGAGCUGAGGGAGCAGUUUUGGAUGAAGCUAAAAACAUCAAUAAAUCUUUAUCUGCACUUGGCAACGUCAUCUCCGCUUUGGCUGAGGGAACGAAAAGCCAUGUUCCAUACAGAGACAGUAAGAUGACCAGGAUACUGCAGGACUCCCUUGGUGGGAACUGCCGGACAACCAUCAUAAUCUGCUGCUCCCCAUCCAACUUCAAUGAGGCUGAAACUAAAUCCACGCUCAUGUUCGGCCAGCGGGCCAAGACUAUUAAGAACACUGUGUCUGUCAAUCUGGAGCUGACUGCCGAGGAGUGGAAGAAGAAGUAUGAAAAGGAGAAAGAUAAAAACAAGUCACUUAAGAAUAUCAUUCAGCAUCUUGAGAUGGAAUUGAACCGGUGGCGAGGCGGGGAAGCCGUGCCAGUCGAUGAACAGAUGAGUUCAAAAGAUCAGAAGAGCCUGGAGCCCUGUGACAACACACCCGUCAUUGACAACCUGUCCCCGGCCGCCGCCUGCAUCUCAUCUGAGGAACAGAAGAAAUACGACAAUGAUAUCGCCUCCCUAUACCGCCAGCUGGAUGACAAGGAUGAUGAGAUCAAUCAUCAGAGUCAGCUUACCGAGAAGCUAAAGGAGCAAAUGCUCGAACAAGAUGAGCUUCUGGCAUCGACCCGUAGAGAUUAUGAGAAAAUCCAAGAGGAGCUGACCCGGCUUCAGAUUGAGAAUGACGCUGCCAAGGAUGAAGUCAAGGAAGUUCUCCAGGCCCUUGAGGAGCUGGCUGUAAACUAUGACCAGAAGUCUCAGGAGGUGGAGGACAAGACCAAAGCCUAUGAGCAGCUGACGGAUGAACUGGCACAGAAAACGACCAGUCUGAUCACAACACAACGUGAACUUCAUCAGCUGCAAGAACUCAGCAGCCACCAGAAGAAGAGGGCGACCGAGAUCCUAAAUCUGCUGCUGAAGGACUUGGGCGAGAUCGGGGGAAUUAUUGGCACGAAUGAUGUCAAAACGCUGGCCGACGUGAAUGGUGUCAUCGAAGAGGAGUUCACUAUGGCUCGUCUGUACAUUAGCAAAAUGAAGUCGGAGGUCAAGUCUCUGGUAAACCGCAGCAAACAACUAGAGACGGCGCAGAUCGAGGCAAACCGCAAAAUAAACGCCACCGAAAAGGAACUUGCAGCAUGUCAGCUCCUCAGCUCCCAGCAUGAAGCAAAAAUCAAAUCCCUGACCGAUUACAUGCAAAACAUGGAGCAGAGGCGUCGACAGCUUGAGGAGACCCAGGAUUCUCUUACAGAGGAGCUGGCCAAACUCCAUGCACAAGAAAAAAUGCAUGAAGUCACCUUCCAGGAUAAGGAGAAAGAGCACUUGACACGUCUCCAGGACGCCGAGGAAAUGAAGAAAACACUGGAGCAACAGAUGGAAGGACACAGAGAAGCGCACCAGAAACAGCUGUCACGUCUACGGGAUGAGAUAGAAGAGAAGCAGAAAAUGAUCGAUGACCUCAAAGACCUCAACCAGAAGCUGCAGCUCCAGAAAGACAAACUGACCUCUGACUACGAGAAGCUGAAGGCUGAUGACGAACAGAGAGAGAUGGCACUGGAGAAAAUUCUGCUGCUUAAUGAGAAGAGGGAACAAUCACGGGAGGAUCUCAAAGGCCUUGAGGAGACUGUGGCCCGGGAACUACAGACUUUACACAACCUGCGCAGACUCUUUGUACAGGAUCUCACCACCAGAGUUAAGAAGAGCGUGGAGUUGGACAGCGAUGACGCCGGGGGAAGCGCGGCACAGAAACAGAAGAUCUCCUUCUUGGAGAACAAUCUGGAGCAGCUGACAAAGGUUCACAAGCAGCUUGUCCGUGAUAAUGCAGAUCUGCGCUGUGAGCUCCCUAAAUUGGAGAAGCGUCUUCGGGCUACAGCUGAGAGGGUGAAGGCUUUGGAAGGGGCUCUCAAGGAAGCCAAAGAGAACGCCAUGAGGGACCGCAAGCGGUAUCAGCAGGAGGUCGACCGCAUCAAGGAAGCUGUGAGGGCAAAGAACAUGGCGCGGAGGGUGCACACUGCCCAGAUUGCAAAACCAAUUCGCCCCGGACAUUACCCAGCAUCCUCUCCUACAGCUGUACACGUUAUCCGAGGAGGUGGAUCUGUGCAUUCAUCUUAUUACCACCACUCCAAAUAAUGAACAAAUAAAAAAAAUCAUCGCUAAGCAUGUGGCGCCACCAACUUCACGCUCGCCAGUCGUACACAUGUCGUCGCACCUUUUCUGAGCUCUUUACAAUCAUGAAAACCAGCCCUGACUCUCACAUCUUAUCCAGCUUCAAAAAAACUAAAACCCAUCAGUGUACAGAGUUAUCUAAU